AAUGUUAGUUUUCUGCCUGGAAUGUCCACAUUGCUGGGAACUACGGGAAGGAGAGGUGGGAGAGCGGAGAGGGAAUAGGAUUUGAUCUGAGACUUUACGGACAUACAGAUCAGGCACCAUCUGUGAUGCCAGUCAAAACAUCCUCGCAAACGCCAGCAGGACAGGGAUGUGGAGACUGGAGGGAAAUGAGAAGGGCAACACACACACACACACACGGGCUGGGUGAAGGAACAGAGAUUGUUCCUAGAGAGAGCACUGAGGGCCAGGGAACAGGGAGGAAAUGAUGUCUCCGUCAUGGACAUGGCUGAAAUUACUGCUCAUCCAGGAGAAAGCCUACUGGGAAAGAAAGGAGGAGGAGAGCAAGAGAGAGGUCUCUGCUUUAAAGGAAGAGCUGACUAAACUCAAGUCUUUUGCAUUGUUGGUCGUUGACGAGCAGCAGCGCCUGAUGAAUCAACUUUCACAGCAGAGCAAACGCGUCCAGAAACUGACAGAAAUCGCCGACCACGCCCAACAGGAGCAAAACUCCACCCAUUCCAGGGCAAAGGAGGAGGGGCUUAAAGCACUUCGUCUGGAGGCGGAGCUACACAAACAAGCUUCCUACUUCCACCUCAAACAGGAAGCCAUGAUGGCCAAACUGUCCAAUGAGGACACCCAGAACCGGCAGCUGUGUCAGCGGUUGGCUGCCCUCAGUCGAAAGCUGGAUGAGCUGGAGGGGACCAAGGGCGCCUUCCAGAGGGCCGAGGAGGAACUGAAGGAGCUGAGGGACAGGCUCGGCCAUGGGAGAGAAGGGAGCACAACAACCCCUGGCUUGCUCUCAGAGGUGGAACAGCUGAGGAUGAGGGUUGUGGAGAUGGAAGGAAAGGAUGAGGAGCUGAUCCGAAUGGGGGACCAAUGCCGGGACCUGGACCGAAAACUUGGGAGGGAGUCCAGCCAGAGCCGCAGCCUGAAGGCCGAGGUGGACAAGCUGAACGGCCGAAUCAGUGAGCUGGACAGACUGGAGGAGGCUCUGGGGAAAAGCAGGCAGGAGUGCAGYUCUCUGAAGGGCAGCCUGGAGAAGGAGAGGGCCAGCACCAAGCAGCUGUCUGGAGAGCUGGAUACCCUCARGGUGCGGGUAAGGGAACUGGAAGCCAUCGAGGGCCAGCUGGAAAAAUCUGAGGGGGCGUUGAGACAGGACUUUGCCAAGCUGAGAACACUCACAAUGGUAGUGGUUGAAGAGAGGAAGAACAUGGCUGAGCGACUCAGGCAGACAGAGGAGAAACUCCAGGAGAAGAAGGAUGGGAAACGGCAGGCUGAGAGUGACAGCGUGUCAACAGCCACAGAGAAACUCAUUGAGGAGAGCCGCAAGGCACUGAGGUCUAAAGCAGAGCUUGAGGAGAGGAUUCAGAGUGUGGCCAAAGAGCGGGACGAGCUGCGGGUGAGGCUGAGGRCAGAGGAGGAUAGGAGUGGGGAUCUGCAAAGCAAAGUUAGCGCCAUGAAAAAAAGGAUUCUGAUCUUGGAGGUCAAAAAGGGGGAGUUAUGUCGAGAAGUCAAGAGCCCCCUGCUGGACAACACUAACCACGGCUACCAACAGGAAGACAACAAAGUCAAAGAACUCACCCAGGAGGUAGAUAGACUGAGGAGGAGACUCAUGCAGAAGGGAGUGAUAGAGGGAGAGCUGAUGAAGGCAGAGGAGGACUUUGAGUCUUUGGAGAGGAAGUGCUCCAAGGAGCAGGAGACAGCCAGAGCUCUGGCAGUGGAGCUGGAGGAGUCCAGGAGGGAGCUCUCCAAGUACCAGCUGGCUGAGAAGAAGGAGAACAACCAGGAGCACCUCCUCCUCAGGCGACUCCAGGAGGAGCAAGUCAAGUCUGUCCUCCUCAAAAGGGAGGUGGAGGCACUUAAGGAGAAGGUCCAGAGGCUGAUGGGGACAGAGGAGUCCAUCUGUCGGGUGCAGAUGGACAGCUCCACCCUGCAGAAGAGGCUGACCCAGCAGGAGGUCAGGAACAGGGAGCUGGCCAGGGAGAUGGAGGGACUGACCCAUGAGCUGGAGAGGUACCGGCGAUUCAGCAAGAGCCUCCGGCCUGGCAUGACUGGCCGAUGCUUCUCAGACCUCCACCUGUGCACCAAGGAGGUGCAGACGGAGCCCGCAGACACCCUGCCACCUGACUACAGGAGCCUGGCUCCGCUGGCGCUCAGCUGUAAACUGUAUGAGGAGAUCGAUGGAGAGGACCCAAAUCAAAAGGAGGAUCGUGUCAUCAACAAGUGCAACUCACCUCCGCUGAACAACAUUGAAAGCUUGAACCACCAAAACAAUCAUGUGAGGCGAUUCAGCAUACCUUCACCCAACGGCAAGGACAAUCACCAUCCCAUUAACUGCAAAGUGUUAAACGGUAACUUUUUCCAGAAAGGAGAUGUGAUGCUUGCACACACCCAAGGGAAGCCCUUACACAUCAGGGUAACGCCAGACCAUGGCCUCAACACGGCCAUGCUGGAUAUCAGUAGAGUCACCACUGACAAUGCCUUAUYCUACACCAGCACCGCCAUCAUCCCCACCAGCGGAGCCCCACCAAAACAGAGAAUCACCAUCAUCCCAAAUGCUGCCAUCUCACCAGUGGCCAGAACAAAGAGCGCCCCACUACCAGAAGGGUUUGGCAGCCCAGACAGAGUCCUCUCCCCUCUCACCAUGACACCCGUCUCAGUCAUGUCCCCAGAUUCCUCCAGGUCAGUGUCACCUGACCACACUGGCUCUCCCAUCCAGAUGCUAACAGUCAGCACUGGAUCGCUUGAAUCCACUAAGGUCAUAGGUCAAGCCGUAUUCCGGGUGAGCCCGGAGAAGCAGAAUGGCUGGCAGCUACAGAGGUCCAACAGCACUGGUCCGAGCAUCAUCACCACAGAGGACAACAAGAUCCACAUCCACCUUGGGAGCCCCUACAUCCAGUCUUUUAAUGGUAUAACCCAGAGCCAGUCUGGUGGCCCGUACCACACCCCCGGCCGGGAGCUAAGGACACCAGUACUGACCAAUGGCUGCCACGUCAAAGGCAACAGCAAGAUCACCAGUAGCAUCACCAUAGCCCCUGCAAACACCCCUGUCUCACGACCCUCACACAUUACAGUAAGUGGCCCUUAUGAUUGAAAUGCCCACCCCCAUCCAUCCCCUAGUGACAGAUUAUUUACCCAAUCCUGAGUCCCUUUCACCACAAAACCAACAGAGAAUCAGCUCAAACCAGCCUAUGUCUGAACGGCCACAUCAUCCUAAUAAUAACAAGUGUGUGAUUCCAUCAGUGUGUGCAUGAAAAAGCACUUAUCAAACACAUAUCUAAUCCUAUCUGGACUUGGUCUGCACUCACUGUACAUUACUAUAAUUACAUUACUAUAAUGUGUGCAUUACAUUUUUAAACAUUAAAAACAAUUUGGUUUA